CAGCAAAAUUCUAUCAUCACGUGAAGCCCAACGACGUCGAAUUGGAAACAGCAGGUUGGACGAUUUGUCUCACGCAUCCAGCGGCAUCGUAUUUCAUGAAUGGCAGUUAUGACACUGGUCCAGAUGGUCCGAGCUUCCCCAUCCUCAUAGUCGAUAUCGUCGCGCUCCGUCAUCGUUAUUCCCUGGACGUCUUGUUUCAUGUUUCAUACCUGCGCAUCCUGGAUUUGUUCCCCCUUUGUUCAUCUCUAUGUCACUGACAUGAGCAUGACGCGUCCCCUCGUUGCGAGGACGCUUCCAUCUGAAAGGAACUGACAUGGCACCGAAACUCUCCGAAGAAACGUAUGUUUUUUUGCACGCGAGACCGCCCGAGUUAUAUCUCCAAGUUCACCUUGGCUCGGGCAACACAAUCAUGCAAUUACAGUUGCGACCUACUUGUUACGUACAGGCCACUAAACAUGGCUCCACGAACCACGAAUCCUCGGUCCCUCCCACCAUGGAUCGUUCGGAUGGUGGCGUAGGAGAUCAUCUCGGGAGUGGAGGCAGCGGUGGGGAAACCUUGGAUCUGGUUCUCUCAGCCGUUUCCGCACCGACUUCAUCCAGAUUUCAUCGAUUUCAUCCACCCUCCACAUCCCAGCCGCCGCUGCUUCUAAACGAACCCUCGCUGUCUCGCAUCUCAUCUGGAGUCACUGCACCAUCCAUCGAGCCGCGAUUACGAUUAUCGACAGGGCACGUCAUCUCCCGCCCCGUCGCCUUUCCGUUGGUUGACGAGCCCCUAGACAGACACCGAGGGUCCCCGUGGCCCCGGCGAAGACGUCUUCGAAAAUGGUUCGAGGGCGAUAUCUCCUCGGAGAUCCCAUCGGCCAUAUUCUUACUCUCUCGGCAAUGCCGACAUGACCAGAAUCACCAGGACUACAACCUGUAAUGAUUGCCAGCGCAUAUCAGCACUUGACAGCGCUUGUUACUGGUCGGUGCUCUCCCGCAAGACAAAGGAGGUUUUCCAAAACUGUUCCAUCUCGGUUGAGCGUUAGCUGCUGCUCGUUACGAAUGC